ACACACACACACACACACACACACACAGCGCGUGCUUUCUGUUCACGGUUGCUGCUGUGUAUUCUACGCGACUUCCUGGUGCUCUUCCUAGAUUUGGACUGCUUUAGUGUUUCUUGUGCAGCUGCUCGUCGACUGUGGAGUUCACCGAUGAUGAAGCAGAGUGGUAAACAUACUAGAAGGUUCCAAUACCGAGAAUGAGACUAGGACAGCUGACGCUCAUACUGACAGCACUUCCGAAAGGAACUACUUUUACAAUAUGACUGUUUUGUGUUACUGCCAGCGUGUCAUUUAUCAGAACAAACGACACCGACUUCACAUCCUACAUGCAACUUUCCAGUCUAGUAACCUGCGCGUUAGAAAAAUGAAUGAUACCUGCCCUCACCUAUGUUUUCUAAGUUGACGUCAUGACGAAGAGAUCCCGUCGAACACUAGAUCAGGACGAUCCUCUGUGCUGUUGUGAGUACAUUGAUCGCCAUGGCGGGCGCAGUCACAUGGCUGCCUGUUGCUGUGACUGUGAGGAUUUGGAUGAGGCUUGUGACAGAUGGAUGAAGAAGGAGUCUCAAAAUCCAGGCUCUCUGUCUCGGGUAGUUGCCACGAUCAGUGAUCGUCUGCGGGUGCCCUGGAUAUCUGGUGCCCAACAAGUUGAUCUAUCGUUGAUCCCUCCUCUUAUUCUCCUUCCUGUUUUUUUGCACAUUGCAGCUUUGCACUACCUGCUGGGUAUUGUAGUGCUAACAGCAGUGCCUAUCAUGGUCAUUUGGUACUACUACUUUACUCACCGAAAGAAAGGACGCACUUUAUUCUUCCUCAGCCUCGCCCUCUUCUCCCUCUUCUACAUGUUCUACCUCUUCAUCACCGAAGUCGUCCCUCGCGGUGAUGUGAAUCAUCUUCAGUUGUGCGCUGUGACGGCGGGUGUUGCUCUUACAGUCAUUUGUCUCAUAAUCACCAAAAGGGGGCCGGGCUACGUCAGGCCUCUUCCAUCUGACACUCAUAGCACAGUGACCUAUCACAAACCACCACCUGAUGUAGAUGCUGCCUAUCUAAACGGAGAACAGCACCAGGUGGUGAUAGCCAACCACGCCGGUCCUCCUGAACAAACUGAUGAAUCUGGGACAGCACAGGAGCCUGUUCAGAGGAGGAACUGGUGUACAGUAUGCAAAGUGGUGCGUCCCCCGAGAGCCGGACACUGCAGGAUCUGUGGAGUCUGCAUCCUGCGUCUGGACCACCACUGUGUCUGGAUCAACAGCUGUGUGGGACAGGCCAAUCACCCCAGUUUCCUUCUGAUGCUUGUUUUCUUUCUACUGACGUCGCUGUACGGGAUCAGUUUGGUUCUUCAAAGCGUGUGUCCCCAUCAGAGUGUGAUGACGGCACUGUUCUACUGUCCUGACGUCUACAAGCAAUACAGUUCUGCUCUGUGUUUCACCUGUGCCUGGUACAGCAGUAUUGUGACGGGAGGUUUGCUGCACCUGCUGAUCUUACAGCUCAUCAACGUCAGCUUAAAUGUGACCGAACGUGAGGCAUGCCUGGCUCUUAGAGAGAAAACCGCUCGCAGACGUCUCUGGGGUCUGGUCAUCGACACCGGCACCUACUCCCGAGGUUUCUGUAGCAACUGGACUGAAUUCUUAACCAUGAACAAGGCUCCAGAGCAGUCAAACCAUAAACCAUCAGAUCUGGUGUAGACAUUAAACUGGCAGUGUCAGCUGGCAGCUGAUGGAAAAGUCUGCCUUUAAAGUGAAUUAUCACUUUUAUCCUACAGUGAAGUAUAACGUUGUGCUACUUAAUGCCUUCAACAUCCAUUCCGGAGUCAGUUUUAUGGCUUGAAAUGUUGUGGUCAAGGUCUCAUCAAGAGUCAGGUGAAUGUGGUGGAACAGUAGAUGGCAGUGUUGUAGUAUAACAUCUCUACUAGUGUAAUUCAGUACCGAGCGCUUCAUUACUCAGGAGUGAAGAUUAUUUAAGGAGAACUUCACAUAAUAUCUAAUGUCAGGUGCAAAAUCUCUAAUGCAAAAUUCUUUUCACUCAGAAGGAACCAUUUGAAACUUUCAUUUGUAUUUAGUUUUUCCAAUUUUGCAAGGUUUUAUUUGUUAAUGUAAAUUUCAACAUUUUAAACACAGUUUUAAAACCAGCAUGAACAAACAGUAAACAAAUGUAUUUUUUAUUAACAAAGUAAAAAAAGAAAUGCUAUAAAAACUUUACUUAUUGUUAGUUCAUGUUAGCUAAUGCAUUAAAUAAUGUAAAUGAGACCUUAUUAUGAAGUGUUACCAUAAAUAUGCAUUUCUGGUUUGCAUUCACUGGCAGUUGGAUAAAUUAUGUAUUGUAGUCUAAUAUUUGAUCUCAACUCCAAUGUGAAUGCAAGUCAAUGUCAAAUAUUAUUUAGUGCCCUUUUGGGACAUCAGUAAUGAUGCAACAAUGCAUAUUCAGACAUCACAGCUUUAAAACUGUCAUCUCAGUAUAAAUGUUUUAUGUUGAGCUUCAUGUUUGUUGUUGUUUGUUCUCUCUCUCUCUGUGUAUGUGUGUGUUUUCUUUUCAUGUGCUUCAAUUGAGGAUAAAUCUAUGCUGCUUACCAUCCAGCUACAUUUCAGUGUUUUUGAAUCGGUUUCAUUCCAUUCAUGCCUUCUAAGCACAGAAGCAGAUAAAGAAGCCGUUCAAAAUCCGGAUGUUUAUUUGUCUCAUGCGAGACUGUUUUAUAAUGUAAAGCAUUUCAUUCUCAAAGAACCUCAAUUAAACUGUUCCAUAGAAAAAAUAAACAAGCGUAAAAAGAUUAAACACGUUGGCUCAUCAAGCUGCA